AUGGCCACCCUGGUCAGAUUGCAUGCUGGAUCUAGCCGGCUUGAUGCGUUUAGGGCUGCACAUACACAAGAGUCGGUUACGCGGCUGCCUAGUGGCAUGAUGCCAUGGUCGGCAGCCAAGGCCAUGUUAGACGCCGCAAAAUUCGAUGUUUUGGCUGGACGUCACUCCGGGCGAGAGGCCUUCAAUCUCUGUGGUAGACAGGAACCAGGGUACUUCCGUAGAUACCACCAGGCACAUAUGAAGGAAAGUACCGGCCUGGGAAAGCCCUGGGGACGAGAUAAUUCACUAGGAAGAUCAGGUGAUCUCAGGCGCCAAGGCCACGGCGCAGGCCUUAUGCCUCAGGCAUAA